CAGAUGUCUAUAUUGAACUCGUCAUACACGUUGCCAAUAUGAUCACUAAGUCGCGAACUUACCCGUAAAUUCAUCCUGGUCAUGUAUGUCGUGGUUGAAGUAUAUAAUCCUGUAUGGGCCCAACAAUUUGAAGUGCUCAAAGGCGAACUCGAGAUCAUCCUAGCCGGGAUCAAUCACAUAUCGAUUGAACAUGUCGGGUCCACGUCAGUUCCAGGGUUGGCGGCCAAACCAACCAUCGACCUAUCUGUUAUCAGUGAGCGGGAAGAUGUCAAUUCGAUCACCGAGGCAUUAUGCUCCAAAGGCGGGUAUGAUUACAUGGGGCUGAAAGGUAUUCCUGACCGGCAUGCAUUUCGCAAACCUGAUAAUACUCCACCUCGAAAUCUUUAUGUUUCGGUCAAGGAUUGCCAGUCAAUCAAAAAUCAACUCGCGGUGCGAGAUAUAUGUAGGAGGGAUCCGAACGUGAGGGAUGCGUACGGGCAAGCCAAGCUCGAACUCGCUCAAAGGGAAUGGAGGGAUGCGGACGAAUACUGUGAGGCAAAGAACGAUAUCGUGGGGUGGGUUCUGGAGAAGGCCGGACUAGACGAUCAAGAGCGAGCCCAGAUCAGAAAGAUCAACACCACGACGAGGGGUUGAUUCGAAGGAGCAAGUAAGAAGUCGAUUAGCGGGGGCGACGGCUAUAGGUGUGAUGGCUGUGACCAGAUUUGAUUGCUCUGCAACGAGUAUGCAAGCGAGUUCUUCGCAACGUAAAUAUUUACGUAGGAAGCGUGCACGGCGUUGCACCUAGGCAUCGAUGUAUACCUACCUACGGAGUAGGUAGGCAGGCACAUCGGUCAAGGUACCUAAUCUUUAC